GCGGAACUAGCAUCACACACUCACACUCACACUCACACUCACACAUGGCCAAUAUUGUUCAGUGCAACUCUCUUCCUCACUUGUGCAAACCAAGUAGAAUCUCAACACCCUUAUUAUCCUCAAUUUCACUUACUCGUUCAAUCUCAAAUGUUAGCACAAGUUCCAACGCAUUGAAGCUCUCCACUCCCAGGCUGAAUAGGACUGUUUCUGCUGUAGUUUCUGAAGAGAACGCAGUUGGGUCGAAUUUUUCUGGCACUGAUGUGUUCAAACUCACUUACUUAGAGGGAAAUUCUUGGUUGUGGGAUGUGGAUGGAUUGAAAAUACUGGUCGAUCCAAUCUUGGUGGGUAAUUUGGAUUUUGGAAUUCCCUGGCUUUAUGAUGCAGCCAAGAAAUACAUUAAGAAUUUCCAGCUUAGUGAUCUUCCUGAAAUCGAUUGCUUGCUGAUCACGCAAAGCCUUGAUGAUCACUGCCACUUGAAUACCUUGAGACCGCUCUCUAUAAAGUUCCCAAAUCUUAAAGUCUUAGCAACUCCAAAUGCUAGGCCACUGCUGGAUCCCCUUUUCAGCAAUGUCACAUACAUAGAACCUGGUCAGAGCUCUGUUAUUGAAGCAAUAAACGGUUCUAAAGUCAGAGUUCAGGCUACUGCAGGGCCAGUUCUAGGUCCUCCAUGGCAGCGCCCUGAGAAUGGAUAUCUUGUCAAUUCAACUCAGGGCCAACUGACUCUUUACUAUGAACCCCACUGUGUAUACAACAAGGAUUUGCUGGAAAAGGAAAGGGCUGACAUUGUUAUCACACCAGUCAUAAAGCAACUUCUGCCUAAAUUUACUUUGGUUUCAGGACAAGAAGAUGCAGUUCGACUUGCAAGGCUUCUGCAUGCCAAGUUCAUUGUGCCAAUGAAAAAUGGGGACCUUGAUAGCAAAGGGCUUCUUGCUAGUAUAAUUCAAGCUGAGGGAACCAUAGAAUCAUUUAAGGAGCUAUUGUCAAAGGAAAUACCAGAUGUUCAGGUAUUAGAGCCUACUCCUGGUAUACCACUAGAAGUCCAGUCACCCUCAUAUCUUCCCUAGUGCAUCCAUAUAUGUUUACUGUAUAAAUGAAACUACCGUAUAUAUGAAACUACCGUAUAUUUAGAUGAUGUACAUAUUAAUUCAUUUGCCUAUUUUGUUUUUCCUAUGCACAUAAUUUGUCUAUUGUCGAAGAACUAUAGUCUAUCCAAAUAAAAGAAUAGAAUGUUAGUGAUCC